CGGCAAACAUUACGUAUGUACUAAGUAUAACAUUUAGUACGUACUUUCUUACACAUGAAUUAAGUAAAAGAGCGAAAAAAGGCAAAGUAUUGUUACUUGCAAACGAUCCAAAGAGUCGGGAAAGACUAACAGCGAUGAUUCUCGCGAUUGGAGUGCUUGCAGCUUCGUGCGCAGUCGCAUUAGAGAUCCUACAUUGGAAGACCAGUAUGAUUGUCGUCGGUAUUCUGGUGUUUGUGUACAACAUAGUCAUGCAUAGGAAAUGGAUUUAUAUUGCUAUUAGGACCUUCUCUCGAGACAUGUCGGCAAUAUGGUGCUAUAUAAAAAUAUUAAAAUUAACAAGGAAUUUCACAAAGAACAAUUGGUCAAUGCCUGAUAUCUUUCACCAGGUGGUGAAGAAACAUCCUCAUAAAAGUUGCUUCCUCUUCGAAGAUGAAACAUGGACUUUUCAGCAGGUAGAAGAUUUCAGUUUACGCGUAUCUGCCGUGCUCAAAGCUCAAGGUAUAAAGCGAGGAGACACAGUUGGUGUUCUCAUGAGUAACAUUCCUGAAAUGCCUGCUACUUGGUUGGGGACUGCUCGCAUUGGUGGUAUAUCGCCGCUGAUCAACACCAAUCAAACUGGCAACGCUUUGUUACAUUCCAUUAACAUUGCCAAGUGCGAUGCUCUCAUUUACGGAAGCGAAUAUGAGAAUGCAAUACAAGAAGUGAAGAAAGAAUUCAACCCUGCUAUUAAACUAUUCAAAUAUACUCGCCGUCCACUAAACACGUUGCCCAACCACGUGCAAGUCGUUAACACUCCGGAUGAUUUCGCUUCUAUGCUAGAAACUACCCCACCUGGCAAAUGGUUCCUAUCAGAUAGUGAAGGAUUUAAUGGCAAGCUGACCUACAUUUAUACUUCUGGAACUACUGGAUUGCCGAAAGCUGCUGUGAUAUCUCCUUCUAGAAUGUGCUUCAUGGCAUCCGGAGUUCAAUAUCUCGGUUUCCUCAAUACCAGUGACAUUAUAUACUGCCCCAUGCCGUUGUACCAUUCCGCUGGGGGCUGCGUUACCGUUGGACAAGCCUUCAUUUUCGGCUGUACUGUCGUCAUAAGGACAAAGUUUUCUGCUUCUGCUUAUUUUCCUGAUUGCAUCAAGUACAAAGCCACGGUCGGCCAUUAUAUUGGAGAGAUGUGUCGAUAUAUCUUGGCGACCCCACCGUCACCAACUGAUAAGCAACAUACAGUACGAACUGUAUACGGCAACGGAAUGAGACCUAUUAUUUGGACAGAUUUCGUCAAACGUUUCAACAUCAAGAGGGUAGUUGAAUUCUAUGGCGCAACGGAAGGAAAUGCAAACAUCGUGAAUGUGGACAAUAAGACUGGAUCCAUAGGAUUCAUAUCGAGAAUUAUACCAGCGAUAUAUCCCAUUGCCAUAAUAAAAGUAGAUCCUGUAACUGGCGAACCUGUUAGAAAUAAACACGGACUAUGUGAGCUGGCAAAACCAAACGAGCCAGGAGUGUUCAUCGGAAAGAUACAGCCCAAUAACCCAUCAAGGGCCUUCCUCGGUUAUGUUGACAAAGAGGCUUCUGAGAAAAAAAUAGUCAGAAACGUCUUAAGUCAUGGAGAUUCUGCUUUCAUUUCAGGUGAUAUUAUAAUAUCUGAUGACCUAGGUUACCUGUACUUUAAAGACAGAACUGGUGACACCUUCCGCUGGAGAGGAGAAAAUGUCAGUACCACCGAAGUUGAGUCAGCGAUAUCCAAAUGCGCUGAUCAGAGAGACGCCGUUGUUUAUGGUGUGGAGAUCCCGAACGUAGAAGGUCGUGCGGGUAUGUGUGGCAUCAUAGACACAGACGGCUCUCUAGAUCUGGACAAAUUGAACAAAGCAAUCGCGAAAGACCUGCCUAAAUACGCAAGGCCGAUUUUCUUCAGGGUAAUGACCAGUUUAGACAUGACUGGUACUUUCAAAAUGAGGAAAGUGGACUUACAAAAAGAGGGUUACAAUCCAGCUGUAGUCAAAGAUAAAUUAUUUUAUUUAGAUGCCAAAUUAGAUAAAUACGUACCAUUAGAGAUUAAGGAAUACGAAAAAAUAAUAUCUGGCGCUAUAAGAAUGUGAUGUAAUUUUUUUAUUAAUUCUAUUAUUUGUUAUAAACAAGCUGCCAAUUGCAAUGCUGUGGUAAUUGUGAGUCGUAGACCUAGCACGACGGAGCGCGAGAUCUUUAUGCGAGAAUUGUAGUAUCUCGCGCUUUACGUCGCUCUCGCGCUAGUCGCACCCUGUCGUGCUAGCCCUUCUAUAGAAUAAUAACAAUGAAAUAUCAAGACACGAUUUUUAUAUCAUUAAGGAAAAGAAAAGAGAAAAACGGUGUUUUAUACAAAUUGGAAAGACAUAUGAACAAUUUUGCAAUGCAAUGAUUGUUUCGAUGAUGUAGAAAAACUUAGGUUAUAACUUUUCAUUCAACAUUUUGUCCUUAUUUUUAAUUUUUGCAAGCUUUAGUUUUAUUAAGGUCAGUUUUUGUAUUGUAUUUUGACUCGAUAUUAAUAUGAAAG